CUCCCCCACUGCACUCAGCAUUCUCUCUCUCUUCCUGGCCUCCCUCUCUUCCUCCCUCUUUCUCUGUCCGGUCCUCUUUACCCUCUGUCCCUCCUCCUUUGCUUUCUACUUUCAACCCUCCCUCCUGCCCAUUACCUUGUUCCCUCAGCCCCUCCCCACUGUGAUCAGCCCCUCUCCCAACUUGGAUUGCCUCACCUAUCAAGCUUCAAAACUGGCCCAGCUACAUUCUGCCUCAUGUUUGCCCCUGUCCCCAACCGCCAUUGACUUCUAACCUCACAUAUUGCCCUGCCUCUUCCCCAAGGCCCUCUCAUGCUCUCCUCUGCAUAGUCACUUGACAAACAGGGACUUUUGUGGCUGGUACCAUGUCAGACCCAAGUCGAGGCCGAACUCCCAAGGACCCUUUUGUCAGGCCAGGGUCCAGUUCUAGUAUGAGAGAAUCCAGGUCAAACAUGGCCCCAGCUUCUAGAGUUUCCUUUAUGCUAAACACCAUGUCUGAUUCAGGUCCGGCUUCUGAGAGCUCUCAUCAAAUAGCCUUUAUGCUAAACACCUCCUCUCCUUCUGAGGAUGACUCCUUCUCCUAUCCCAAGAAGAGCAGAGCACGUUCAGGCCACACUUCAGAUGAUUCCAUUUCUCAACCAGAGGAUCUUGUUAGCAGUUCUUUUAUAGCUUUUAUGUCACAUUCAGUUUCAUCACGACCCACCAGGGAGAAGCAACCUAUUUUCAAGCCAAGGGGCACUGCUGCUGAUAAAAGAAGCCAAGAGACCAAGGACACCGCUCGUGUUUCCAGGCUAGCACCCCACCGUGCUCCCUCUAAUACUUCGGCUGUUUCUGACCAGGUCCAGAAACACUUACUGCUUUUUAACUUAUCCAAGGAGAAGCUCUUAGCUGUGAAGGACUCCAUGCUGGAAGCCCUGGAGAGGGGCCUAAAGCACCAUGUUAAAGGAGGCAGUUCUUUACCCAUGCUACCCACUUACGUUUGUGCCAUGCCUGAUGGUUCUGAGAGAGGGAGUUUUCUGGCUCUACAGAUGUCCCAAACACAGGUGAAGGUCUUACUGUUGCAACUGACAAGCAAGGAUAUAAAGGAGGCAGUGCUGAAGACAAAGGACUUUGACAUCACUGAGAAUAUUAUGAAAGGCACUGGAGAUCAGCUUUUUGAAUUCUUAGCACAAUGUCUGGCAAAGUUUUUGGCUGAAAUUGACACCAAAGAGAAAUACUUCCCACUGGGCUUCUCCUUUCCCUUCCGUUUACAACAUAGCUCGCUGAACCAGUGUAUGCUGAUCCAAUCAUCAAAAGAUUUCCGGUGGUCAGGUAUGGCGGGGAAUGAUCUGGCACAACAGCUCCAGACAGCAAUUAACCAGCAGUGUAAGAACUACCAAAUAGAGGUCAUCGCUGUGGUGAGUGACACUGUGGGAACCAUGAUGAGCUGCUAUAAUGAAAAGAAUCCAUGUGCAGCUGGGCUAGUGAUAGAUGCUGGCACUAACUGCUGCUACAUGGAAGAAGCCCAAUACAUAGUAGGUGUAAAGGAAAAUGAAGGACGUAUGUGUAUGAACACAGAAUGGGGCUUUUUUGGGAAUGCUGGCGAGUUGGAUGAUCUGAUAACAGAGUUUGACCUGUUAAUGGAUAAGCAGUCUAUGAAUCCAGGAGAAAACAGGUUUGACAAGCUGAUCGGUAGUUUAUAUGUCAGUGAUACUAUCCGUUGCUGUUUGGCUCGUCUGGCGGAGAAGGGUGAGCUCUUCAAUGGGGUUCUGACUCCCAACCUGCUGACCAAAGGAAACCUGGAGCUCCACGAUAUCAUAGAGAUCACAGAUGAAAAGCUGGGCCUGUCAAAAACCAAGAACUUCUUGUUACGGCAGGGGAUGGUGGCGAGCAAUCAAGACUGUUUUGAUGUGCAGCAAAUAUGCCAAGCUGUAUUCAUCCGCUCUGCCAAACUCUGUGCUGCUGGACUGGCUGCUGUCCUUACUCGUAUCCGUAAUGCUCAACAGCUGCCACAGCUGAAGGUCUCUGUGGCUGUGGAUGGAAACCUGUACAAGAGCCAUAAAUGGUAUUGUGAGAUACUGCAAGAGACAUUGACAUCCCUGGCUCCUGAGUGUACCGUCAGCUUUGUCCCAGCGUCUAAUGGUAUCGCUGUAGGGGUUGCCAUGGUGACAGCUGCAGCACUGAGGAGUAGAACCCAGAAGCAGCAGGUGGUGCAGAUACUGGCACCUUUCCGACUUCCUGUGUCGGACCUUGAAAGAUUGCGGAACCUGAUGAGACUGGAGAUGGAGAAGGGUCUGUCGAAGGAGACACACGGCACGGCCUCACUCCGCAUGUUGCCCACUUUCGUUCGUGGUUUGCCUGAUGGCACUGAAAGAGGGAAGUACAUGGCACUGGAUCUAGGGGGAACCAAUUUCCGUGUGCUAAUGGUAGAAGUGCGAAGCAAAGAGGAGGGUGGUGUGUACAUGACCACUGAGAUCUACACUAUUACACCAGAAAUAGCCCAGAGUAAUGCCACAGAGCUCUUUGAUCACAUUGUUAGCUGCAUUAUAGAUUUCGAGAAGAAGCAUAAAGUGAUAGGAGCCACACUGCCACUGGGUUUCACUUUCUCCUUUCCCUGCAAGCAAAUAAAUCUGGACAAGGGCAUCUUGCUAGCUUGGACUAAGGGGUUCAGUGCUUCAGGCUGUGUGGGAGAAGAUGCCGUGCAGUUGCUGCGAGAGGCAGUACAACGUCAAGAGAACUUUGAUUUAGACGUGGUUGCCAUAGUGAAUGACACUGUGGGAACCAUGAUGUCAUGUGCCUAUGAGGACCCCAAGUGUGAGAUCGGACUUAUUGUUGGAACGGGUUGCAAUGCUUGCUACAUGGAGGAAAUGAGGAAUAUUGGCACUUUGGAUGGCGAUGAAGGCAGAAUGUGUAUCAAUAUGGAAUGGGGGGCAUUCGGGGACAACGGUUGCCUUGAACACUUCUUUACACCCUUUGAUGUCAAAGUGAAUGAAGAAUCUAUCAAUGUUGGCCAGCAGAGAUAUGAGAAACUCAUCAGUGGCAUGUACUUGGGUGAGAUUGUGCGAUUCAUUCUGCUGGAGUUAACAGAACGCAAGGUUCUGUUUCAGGGUCGAGAUGCACGUAUGCUUCAGGUCAAAGACAUCUUCCCCACCAAAUUUCUCUCCGAAAUCGAGAAAGAGGGUCUGGGCCAGCAGCAGCUGUGUGCCAUUCUGGAAGAGUACAAAUUGGAUGCCUCUCCUGAUGACGCCAUGGUGGUGAAGGAGGUGUGCUGCGCAGUGUCUUCACGUGCUGCUAAAGUGUGUGGAGCUGGCAUGGCUGCUAUUGUGGAGAAGAUACGAGAGAAUCGGCAGCUGGAGAAACUGGAAGUGACUGCUGGUGUGGAUGGGACCCUGUACAAGGUGCACCCUACCUUUUCAAAACAGUUUGCAGAAACAGUGGCCCUGCUGGCUCCAAAAUGCAAAGUCAAAUUCCUGCUGUCAGAAGAUGGCUCAGGGAAAGGGGCUGCACUGAUUGCUGCUGUGGCCAGCCGUAAAGACAUGAAAGCGCUUGGGUGACUUCCACACAGCUCUCCCAGUAACUAGGAGCACGAUUCGUUCUCUGCCGCAUCCAGACUCUGACCUAUAGCACAGUCUCACCCUUCUUUGAGGCAGUUGUGGCAAAAUGGCAGGAAAAGCAAGUUGUGGUAUUUCAUCUUCAUGGCUCUCUUAAAUCUCUCCAAUUCACACUCAAGCUUCAUCUGGUAACGUAAGAAGGAAAUAAACCAAAUUCCUGCUGCCA